ACCUACACCACAGCUCACGGCAACGCCGGAUCGUUAACCCACUGAGCAAGGGCAGGGACCGAACCCGCAUCCUCAUGGUUCCUAGUCGGAUUCGUUAACCACUGCGCCACCACGGGAACUCCGUAGGCUGAGCUUUUUAAGGAGGGUUAGAGUUUGCUCCACGAAGCAGAAAGAAGCAUCACGGAUGGAGGGAAGAGCAUGCGCAAAGGUGGAAAGAGCCAGGGCUAUGGGGCGAUGGGACAAGCUGAGGUGUGGUUUAGGUAGGCUUGGGCUGGUGGGGGUGUAAGUGCGGUCAGGGAUCAGUCGUCAGGACAAGAGGGGCCUUGAACAUAGAACCAAGAGCUGGGCUUUAUCCUGGAAGCAAGGGAGUGCCAGUGGAAGAGAGGGGAUGUCUUAAGGCAUGUGGGAAAGAAGGACGCCUCUACUGACUGAGUGGGGCUAGGAGGCCACAAUAGUUUAAUGAGACACAAGGACCCCUCAAUGAGCCCUGGCAAUUGACAGGUGUCGAGGAGGUGACGCAGGAGUCCAGAGGAAGCCAGGUGAAGUCUGAGGCGCCUGAGACAGUGGAGGGAGCAGUGUGGUACCCGCAUACCUCACCCAGCUCAGCCCCGUCGCUCCUCCAGUGCACCCGCCCCUCGUCUCUUCCCUCAGAACCUCGUCAAGAGCUGGGCACCCACUGUAUAUGCUGUAGAUUUUCAACCCUUUAAAAAAAAAAAAAAAUUGCAUGGGGAAUAGUUGACGUACAAUGUUGUAUUCGUUUCAGGUUUACAGCAAAGUGAGUGAAUCAGUUAUACAUACGUGUAUAUCCGUUCUUUUUUCCCAUAUAGGCUAUUACAGAACAUUGAGUAGCCCUGCCUGUGCUAUAUAGGAGGUCCUUGGGGUUACCUAUUUCAUAUUUAGUCAAAUAUGUGUGUUAAUUCUAUCUUCCCAGGUUAUCACUCCCUCCGGACGUUCAGCCCUUUAAGGAUAUGAUUGGGGUGUGUGCGCAAGAGAAGCUGAAUUGCGGGAGUAAAAUGAUGGGAGGUAUAUCCCUGUGCCCCUUGGGUCUAGGGGUCCUAGUAUCUUACCAACACCACCAUCCCCCUGCUGCCUCCCUGGGCCUGACACCUCCCUGGGCCAACUUGCCCAGUCCUCACCAGGGAAGAACCUUGCUUUGGGGCAGGGUGCAGAGCCCAAGCCCUGACUGCCUCGAGGGGCAGAGCCACAGACCAGGUGGUCAGGGAGGAGCUCAGGGGAGAGAAGGGCCCGGGGUGCAGGAGGACAGUGUUUUGGGACAGCUGCCAAAUCCAUCUUUCACAGACCGCAGCUUUGCACUUGUGCCUGCAAAAAUAACCCAGGGGCUCUGGCCAGGACUGAGCAUCAUCGGUUGCCGGCCCAGCAGGCCUCCCCAGCCCCGGCCUCCACUCCCUCUCCCAGAGCGCCCCUUCCCCACGCAGUCAGACCCCAGCUGCCUGGGAAGCCCUGCGCACCCACACAGAACACACCUGUCCUCCCUCCUGCCCAGAGGGAAGCCAGGUAGUCCUCCCAGGCUCCCGUGGGCAGGGACCAUGGCCCGUGAGGCUGUGCUCUCAAGGCCUGGUCCCAAGAGGUACCCGUAAAUCCCUACAGCUAGAAGGCCUCUCCAUCCACACACACCCACCCAGGGACACUGCCUGAGUGCCCCAGAGGAUCAAGUGGCAGCCUCCCCGGGGACCAGAAGCGGAGCAGGGAGGCAAACACACUUCUUGGAAGCCCUCUCAGGCCAUGCAGGUCCAGCUUUCCCGGGGCCAGUGAAGUGCACAGUGCAUGAUGGGGGCUGGUCAGCACUCAGGACCCACCGUUGACCAGCACCAAGGCCUCCUGGGCCUGAGUCUGCAGCAGCCUGUGGAAAGUCUCCGGGGUCCAUCGUGUCCCCCUUUCGUUUCUGAGGUUUCCAAUAGGAAGCCCUCCCAGACCACCACCCAAGUCCCGCCCGCUGCUUGGCCUUGAACUCUGGGCAGGACCCACCCCUUCCUGGCAGCCUUCUUGGGCAAAUCACUCCCUCAUCUGUUAAAUGGGAGCCUGAGAUCUGGAUGGGCUAGAGUCACCGUGGGUCAUAAGCCCCUCCCAAAGGCUUUUCCUUUCCCCUCUAGGGGGUGGCAAAGGCAGCCCCGGGGGUGAGGAGUAAGGCCUGGGUGGCCGCCUACAGCCCCACUGGAAUCUUCCCUGCCCCUCCCUUCCAGAUUAACCGAAACCUGCUAAUUGUGGCUGCCCUCUGCACGCUCCCCUCCCCCACCGCCGAUUUCCACCUCCCUUGGCCUCCCCUCCCCCUUCCAUCCGAAUGAUAAAGGGCUUGGCCCGCCAGCCCCCGCCUGGCCUCAGGCCCCAGCUCUGCCUCACCACACUGCCCCGUAGCCCCGCGCCCACCACUGGGCCAGGCCCCUGCCCACGUUGCCCGCUUCCCCCCGCAUGGGGCCCUGCAGCAACCCGCGCCUGGAGCUUCCCGGGGGGCAGUCGCCCUCUGAGCCCCCCAAGAGGAGAAAGAAGAGAUACCUGCGGCAUGACAAGCCCCCCUACACCUACUUGGCCAUGAUCGCCCUGGUAAUCCAGGCCGCACCCUCCCGCAGGCUGAAGCUGGCCCAGAUCAUCCGUCAGGUCCAGGCCGUGUUCCCCUUCUUCAGGGACGAUUACGAGGGCUGGAAGGAUUCCAUCCGCCACAACCUCUCCUCCAACCGAUGCUUCCGCAAGGUGCCCAAGGAUCCCGCGAAGCCCCAAGCCAAGGGCAACUUCUGGGCGGUCGACGUGAGCCUGAUCCCGGCCGAGGCGCUGCGGCUGCAGAACACAGCCCUGUGCCGGCGCUGGCAGAGCAGGGGCGCGAGGGGAGCCUUCGCCAAGGACCUGGGCCCCUACGUGCUGCAUGGCCGGCCCUACCGGCCGCCCAGUCCCCAGCCGCAGCCCUGCGAGGGCUUCAGCAUAAAGUCUCUGCUAGGUGACUCCAGGGAGGGGGCGCCACGGAGUAGCCCAGGCCGGUCAGGCUCCCAGGGCAGUGGGGAGGAAGAGGUGCCCCUGCCAGUCCUGCCCUCCAGGAGGCCUCCGUGGCCCCUCUGCCCCCUCCCAGGGUCCUUGAGCGCGGAGGGAGAGACCUCCCAGGGGGGAACCAGCAGGCCGGAGGCCAGAGCCUGGCCCCUCCACUUACUGCAGGGUACUCCAGACCCUGGGGGCCUGGCUGGGGGAGGUCACAGGGCCUCACUUUGGGGGCAGCUGCCCACUUCCUACCUGCCCAUCUACACCCCCAAUGUGGUAAUGCCCUUGGCCCCUCUACCACCUCCCUCCUGCCCCGGGUGCCCACCCUCAACCAGCACAGCCUAUUGGAGGGUGGCCCCUGAAACCCACGGCCCACCGGGGCUGCUGUGGGAUCUCGACGCCCUCUUCCAGGGGGUGCCACCCAACAAGAGCAUCUACGACGUGUGGGUGAGCCAGCCCCGAGACCUCGCUGCCCCCACCCCAGGCUGGUUGCUCUCCGGGACAGCCUGUGAGGCUCUCAGGGCCGGGCCUGCUUUCCUCUCCCACCUCUCCUGCCACCAUUUGGCUGGUUGAGGGGAAGCCAAGGCCAUGCCGUCCCAGA